AUGGCGAUCCAUGGAAUCGAGCCUACAUCGCAAACCUAUAUGCAAUUAUUGAUGGGCGAAAUACUACAUAAACCUGUGCGACGAGAUACGCUACGAAACAUUCAGUCCUGGUUCGACAAGCUACUGGCCCUUGAAGCAAGAAGGAACUACAAACGGACAGGGUCGAAACUGAAGCGAAUCUUCACCCUGAUGGCUUACGUCGGUCACCCUGCUACUCGAGAUCUCUUUCUCAAGUCUCUCAGUGUAAAUAUAAAAUAUGAUCUGGACAGUUGGAAUUUGGCGAUUUUGGCGUGUGCUCGAGGGGGACAGCUCGAUGCAGCAGAAGAUCUACUGCAAAUGCUUCGACGACAGUCGGGAACCACUGCGGACGGUCCAACACUGGAAUCAUACCAUCAUGUCAUACGUGGAUAUCUGGGACACUAUGAUUCGUCUCAUUUUGACUCUCCUUUCCGAAAGCAACCGGACGUCGAUGCUGCUAUCCGAAUAUUCCAGUUAAUGUUGAAGGACAACGUUGUUGCUGACUAUACCGUAUACGCCAGCUUCCUGAAAGCUUAUGCAUCCGACAAUCUCGGUUUGGAGGCUGACGAAGAACUUCGAAUUGAAACCUUGCAACGGUUAUGGCAGGCCAUGAUGACCAUGAGCGAAAAGGACACGGUACACUUUGACGAUGCGUUAUUGGAAUCUUUGAUCGAUAUUUUCACUCGACACAACGCUUUAUCCUACGCUGAACAAAUUUACUGGGAUAUCCGGCAACGUGAACAUCCUAUUUCUCGUCGCAAUUUGUCAUCCAUCCACCAGCUGAUCAUUGCAUUUGCUAGACGCGUGCAACUUCUUUCGGCGAUGUCCUUAUUCUACGAUCUGAUGGCGUGUGGUCAUCGUCCGAGUAGUCUGGUUAUGUGUGAGAUCAUUCGAGCUUGUGGAAAACGGAACGAUAUCGAACUCGCGGAACAGAUGUUAAGUGUUGUCGAAGAAACCCAGAAAGCAACGGAUCCAAUUCUGCGUGUCGCAAAGUCAUGCCAUCAUGCUUUAAAGAUCCAACGAGACACAGCACGUCGCCAAUGCACAUCAUCUAUUUCGUAA